AUGGAUGUUUGGCGCUAGAUUGGUACUCAAAAACUUUUAGAUAUUGAAGCAGUUCUAGAAACAUUUAAUAAUACUAAUACUUCAGAUUAGUAAGCAUAUAGCAAUUGCUUAGCUUUUAUGAAAUUAUUAAAGUAAUCUGAUCUAUUUGAACAAAUUAAGAAUCUUUAUAGUGAUCGUUAUUUUUGUCAACAAUUAUCACAAUCUCAAUUUGAUAACUUUCUUCGAUUCACAAUCAAAUCUGUUUAAUUAUAUUAAGGGAAAGAUGAAGAUUUUGUAGAUGGAAUAAAUUUACUUCAAGAUUAUUUUUUAAAUUUUAAUACCAAUCAAUUUUGUUUUGCUUUAUUAUCCAAUAAGAAAUUAUUAGAAAAACAUCCCAAAAUUAUGUUAAAUAUCUUUUCAAAAGCCAUCAUUUAAGAAGAUCAAAUAUUAUUGAACAAAAUUAUAUAGUUGUUAGGGUAAAAACAAUUAAAAUCCUUUCAUCAUCAAUUUCUCAUUGAUUUAAUUUAAAUUGAUCUCUCAAACAAAUAAUCAUUUAGAAACUAUUCUGAAAAGCUAUUUGAUGCACUUAUUGCUAAUACUAUUUAAGAAUAACAAUUAAAAAUCCUUAAUUUAACAUUCCAAGAUAUCAUUUUAGCUUUUAAAAGAUUAAUCAAAUGGGAUUAUGUUAAUUAUAAAUUUAUACCUUGGAAAUUAGAUAAUUAUAUGAUGAAUUAAGAUAAAUCUUAGGAUCCAAAUAUUUUAAAAUUGAUAUUCUAUAUCAUGACAUCCUAAUAAUCACAUCUUUGGAUUAAUUGUGCACAUCUCACUAAAGCUAUUAAAUUAUAAUGGAAGACCAAUGACUUUGAAUUUAGAUUUUAAAGAAUUCUUAAGCUCCUUAGAAUUAAUAAUCAUCGUGAUCUUGAUUCAAGUUAUAGAAUGGGUUUUAAUGGUCUUGUUGGACAAAAAGUUGAUUCAUUUAGAUUAGCUUAAGAUUUAGAAUUAAAUAUCAAAAAAGUAUAUAUUAUUUUUUUUACUUUUAUUUUUAGACUAUACAAGAAAGUGAUCAUCAAAUUAUCUAUCUAUAAUUGAUUAAAUAAGCCUUUAAAAGAGAACCAUUUUGCUUUAGCUAUUCAUUUAUCUAAUUCCUUCUUUAAUACAGAUAUGAAGAUAAACCAGAAUUGUAUUAACCAUAUUGGUCAUUAGUAUCAAAAAUUUAUUCCUUUUUUUUCAUUCAAUUAUAUGAUCAAGAUAUUACUAAUGUUUUUGAUUUUUAAGGUAUGUUUGUUGAUGAAAAUGGAAAUACUAAGCUUACUACUAAAAUUGGAAUUUAAAAGAAAAAUGCAAGAAAUCUUGUUCCUUUUUUUUAAUAAUUGUAUUUUAUUUAUUCUGAUAUUUUUAUAGAAUUAUUAAUAGUUAGAGACUAAUGGAUAAUAUUUAUAAAAAAUUCUAUAAAUUAUUUUUAUCAGAAAAACAAAUGUUUUAUUUCUUUACCAAUAUAAUCUAUGAACCAUUAUAUUAAUAAAUAGAUUUUCAAUUUCCAGAAAAAUCAAAUUUAAAAGUAAACUCAAACACAUAGCUAUACUAUUUAUUUUCUGAAAUUUUAGAUUAAUUUUAGAAUACUAAAAAUGUGUUAUAGGAUUAUUUGACAGAAAUUUUUAAAUAACUAAAUUAGAAUUCCAAAGAAAAUGCAUUCAGAAUACUUUCAUAUUAUUAAAAAAUACACAAAAAAUAUUAAUCUGCUUAAAUCUCAGAUUAUUGUAUAGAUUUAAUUAAUAAAUCACAUGCCUUUAUGAUGUCAGAGAUAUUUUAAGGUAAAAAUGAAAUCUCUCAAUAAAUGAAUAUAUCUUAAAGUCAAAAUCUUAAAAAUAAUUUAUAAUAACUGUUGCAACUUUUUUAACCAUUUUCUGAUAAUAGAUGCAAAGAGCUAAAAUAAAUAUAAGAUAUAAUUUUGACAAAUUUUUCAGUAAUAUUAUUUUAUCUAAAUAGGUAAAUUAUAAUAUUAGUAUUGAUUCUUCAACUUCAAGAUGUUUCUUACUUUGUUUAUUAAAAGUCAAUAACAAAUUAUCUUAAUAAUAUUUUGAAAAACAAUUGAAUAAUCUCCUAUAACAAUUUGAGACUUUUUUCAUCAAUAACGGAUACUUGAAUUAAGAGAAGGCAGAGUAAUAAUUUUAGAAACUUUCAGAAUAGGAUGAAAAGGAGUAUUAUUUAAUAAUAUAUUAGUGAAGAUGGCUAAUACUUUUAAUCAAUUAUUGAAUAAAAAUCAGUAGCUGCAUAGACAUAAAUUCGAAACAAUCCUUUACUUAAACAACAGUUUUAAGUUUUAAUCUAUUUAUAAUUAUUAAACAUUUUAAUUUCUAACAUAAAUAGAUUUGAAUUUGAAGUUGAAGGAUUGAUUUCAAAUUUUAGAAGAAUAUUGACUCACCCUUAUGUGUCUGAUGAAUAUAUAAUAGAUAUAUGGAAUGAAAUCUAUUUAAUUAUGGAAUAGCUUAAUUCAUAAAGUUCUGAAAAAUGGUUGGAGUAGUUUUAAUAAAAGUUGAUGAAUAACAAUUUAAUUCAUUUAGAAUAGACUAUUUCAAUUACUACUACUUUAAUUUUAGCAAUAAUUGUGAAUCAAAAAUAUCUUCAAGCAAAAAAGAUUAGAGCUCAAAAAUUGAUUUAGCUUAUUAGUGAUUUAAAAAGUAAUAAUUAAAAGAAUUCAUUAUACAAAAUUAUACUAAGUAAUUUAGAAAAAUUAGAUUCUUCCCUUUGCAAUUAAAUAUUUUUUGAAAUGAAGGAUUAAUAAGUAAUUUAAGGAGGAACAUUUAAACUAUUAAGAUAGAUAUUAUAGGAACCAGAUAAUAUUGAUAAUUUUAAUUUAAUAAUCAAGGUAUUUUUAGGUUAACAAAUUCAUUAAAUAUAAAUUCCAAUUUUGUAAUUUAUAGCUGAAAAUAUGUUAAAAUUAGGAGUUAGAUAUCAAGUAUUAAUUUAAUUAGGAGCUUGUGGGAAAUCAGUUAAGACAAAAAAAUUUGCUAAGCAUUUAAUCAAGUAAUUUUAAUUAGCCUUAUUAUAAUGUAAAUAAUGAAAUUAUGUAAAGAUUAGGAUUUAGCAUAGUUUAUUUUGAUUAUAAAUUCUGUGGUGUAUUUAGCAUCAAUUUAAUCCAGAGAUCUUAAUUACUAAGGAACAUAUUGGUUAUUUCGAAAAGCACUUAAACACUUUUUCUAACCGAAAAUAAAAUCUAAUAAUAAGAAAUGCAGUUAAAUAAUUAACUUAAUAACAUAUUUCAUUGAAUAAAGUGUUUUCUUAACAACAGUAAAAUCAGAGUUUGAAUUUUCAUUUUCUGAAAAGUUGGAAAUGAAUAUUAAAAAAUUGCCAGAGUAAAUUUAAUAAUCAAAUAAAUCAAUUACAGAAUUUUGUGAUGUGAUAAGUGUAUUAUAAUAGUAUCUUAAUGAUGUAAUCUAAAAUGGAAAGAAAAAUUUUGAUAAUUUGAAAAAAGAUCAAAAUUAAUAAAAUAAUUUAGAGAUUUUUGAUUCAGUAUUAUUUUAAGUAUUUAAAUUUAAAAUUUUAGAUAAACCGAAAUUUAUCAAAAUAAAUAAUGAAAUCUAAAUAGCAAUAAAUAGUGAAUCCAUGUUAGAAUUUUGUAGAAUUAAAGUAAUCAUCUAAAAUGGAGAAGGUAACCAAGGGUCUUGAUAUUGAGAGAGAUACAAAAUGA